GCGGCGAAGCCUUUGGGGCGGGGCCUGGGCCGGGCAGCUCCUGCGGCCGAGAUUUCACUUCGGAAACAACAGGCGCUGCUCGCGAAGGAGCCUCGGCUGCGGGCGGUCGCAGGAGGCGGCGGCGAGGAGGAAGUAGACCUAAUCCAGGAGUCUGCAAGUGACAGCAGCCUGUGAGGUCCUUAGGAAGCUCAGACUGGAGGAGGACACAUGAAAGAAAGAACCCCAAGAGACUUUGCUUUCUGUGAAAAGGUAUUUCUGUAUAGUUGCUCCAAUGACAGAGUUGCCUGCACCCUUGUCCUACUUCCAGAAUGCACAGAUGUCGGAGGACAACCACCUGAGCAACAUUGUACGUAGCCAGGGGGCAGCACGGAACAUGGCAGGCAUCAGCGUCGUGACACUGGCAGCAGGUGGCAAUGGAGGUGCUGCCGGCCACAAUGGGCCCCAACGAGAGCGGGACUACGGCACGAUGGUGGAACAGAAUGACAGUAGAGAACGACAUGAGUACAGCAAUGAAAGGCGGAGGCGGGGCAACCCUGAGCCCUUGUCUAAUGGAGGACCCCAGGGUAACACACUGCAGGUGGUGGAACAAGAGGAAGAAGAAGAUGAGGAGCUGACACUGAAAUAUGGCGCCAAGCAUGUGAUCAUGCUCUUUGUCCCCGUGACUCUCUGUAUGGUGGUGGUGGUGGCUACCAUCAAAUCAGUCAGCUUUUAUACCCGGAAGGAUGGACAGUUAAUCUAUACUCCAUUCACAGAGGAGACCGAGACUGUGGGCCAGAGAGCCCUGCACUCAAUUCUGAAUGCUGCUAUCAUGAUCAGCGUCAUUGUUGUCAUGACUAUUCUCCUGGUGGCUCUAUAUAAAUACAGGUGCUAUAAGGUCAUCCAUGCCUGGCUUAUUAUUUCAUCUCUAUUGUUGCUGUUCUUUUUCUCAUUCAUUUAUUUGGGGGAAGUGUUUAAAACCUAUAAUGUUGCCGUAGACUACAUUACUGUUGCCCUCCUGAUCUGGAAUUUUGGUGUGGUGGGAAUGAUUGCCAUUCAUUGGAAAGGUCCACUGCGACUCCAGCAGGCGUAUCUCAUCAUGAUCAGUGCCCUCAUGGCCCUGGUAUUUAUCAAGUACCUCCCAGAAUGGACUGCAUGGCUCAUCUUGGCUGUGAUUUCAGUAUAUGAUUUAGUGGCUGUUUUGUGUCCAAAAGGCCCACUUCGUAUGCUGGUUGAAACAGCUCAGGAAAGAAAUGAAACUCUCUUUCCGGCUCUCAUUUACUCCUCAACCAUGGUGUGGUUGGUGAAUAUGGCAAAAGGAGACCCUGAAGCCCAAAGGAAGGUAUCCAAAAACUCCAAUUCUAGUGAACAAAACACAGUGAGUGAGCCACAGAACCCUGUGACAGAGAGUGAUGAUGGUGGCUUCAAUGAAGAGUGGGAAGCCCAGAGGGACAGUCGUCUGGGACCUCAUCACUCUACAGCUGAGUCACGAAGUGCUGUACAGGAAAUUUCCAGCAGCAUCGUAGCCAGUGAGGACCCAGAGGAAAGGGGAGUAAAGCUCGGAUUAGGAGAUUUCAUUUUCUACAGUGUUCUGGUCGGAAAAGCUUCCGCCACAGCCAGUGGAGACUGGAACACGACCAUAGCCUGUUUCGUAGCCAUAUUAAUUGCCCCUCUCCCCCGCAGGGUUUGUGCCUUACAUUAUUACUCCUCGCCAUUUUCAAGAAAGCAUUGCCAGCUCUUCCGAUCUCGAUCACCUUCGGGCUUGUUUUCUACUUUGCCACAGAUUAUCUUGUGCAGCCCUUUAUGGACCAGUUAGCAUUCCAUCAAUUUUAUAUUUAGCAGAUUUGUGAUGAGACUUCCAUGGAUUUUUCUCCUCUAACUAUAAUAAACUCUGGGAAGGACAACGGUGAUUUUCCUGUGUCUACAUCUAACAAAGUCACAGUUCCCAGCUGGACUUUUUGCAGCUUCCUUCCACGUCUUCCUGAACACCUGCACUAUUGGCCAUCGGAAGGAGGUGUCUACAGAAAACGGUUCUGAACAUCCGUCGUGGUGGUGGUGGUGGUUGGUGGUGGACGGAGUCCCUUGGAACAAACUACCAGCUUUUAGGGACAAGAACAAAGAAAAGUGAUGGGCCAAAAAGCUGCUGGCUCCCUCCCACCAGCAGUUUCAGAGGCGGACUGACCAGCACUGCAGACUCUCAGGACCGCCAUGAUCACGAUGCUAGAUGGAGUGGUUAAACCAAACAGGACUCAUCAUCGGGAACGCGUGUAAGCCUAAUCAGUCUGGGUUGAACUCUAAACCUUUUCAGGAGGUACUAUGAGGAAGGCAGUACCAGCAGCAAAAUGGGAAGGCGAAAAGGGGUUCAAACUUUCACUCUCAAAUUUCUUUUGCUACAAACUUAACAGUUUUAAAUAAGACUCUUUUUUCACCUGGAGUCAAGUCAGAUGUAUGCGUUGAUUUGAACGGUUUUUGUUCUCACGCACUGACACUCAUUACCAUCGAUGGUUGCCAUUUCCUCCCAAGGCCAGUAUGAAUUUAUGUGAGGUUGCUUUAUCUUAAAAGUGUUAACCUCGGGUUCCAAGUUCAGUAAUUUCUGGAAAUAACGGAACUAUAACAAUGAUUCUCUGACACCCUUAGGUAAUUCUGGUUUUGCCUCAAAUCCCUAAUUUUUAGACAGACUUGUAGGUUUGCUUGUCCCUCGAUGCCUUCUUUGUUCCCCAUCUCUCCCUCCACUCCCCCCAUACACGUUCUUUCAUAAGACAGCUCUGUGGUGGAAGCAGACCAUCCCGUUAUCUAGGCUUUUCCUCUGUGUGGAGCACAGAACGUGUUAUGGAUCAGUGCUCUCAGCCUCGCUGUCAUAGUUUCCUCAGUAGCAGAUACAAUGUGCGCCCAAAGACCGUAGCAUUAAAGAAGAGUAAAUGGCUGGUGAAGCACUUUCUGUCCUGGUUUUCUUUUUUUUUUUUUUUUUUAGUACAACUGAGUGUCUCUGACAGUAGGUCAGAGUUCAGACCAAUAGCCAGGAGCUGGUGGUUUGUAAAGUCAGGGAUCAGGUGUGUCUGUGCCAAGCAGGAGUUGGGAGAAAGCCAGUAUCGCCCUUGGUGAGCCAGCGGGUCAGGCGGAGAGCCCAGUGCCAACAGAACAAAGGGGCCUCCAACAGCCAUUGGCACCAGGGGAGCUCGUGUCCCGCGGGCAGAUGCGAAGAUCCACGUUACUCCUCUGGAACCUGUCAGUGGCGCUUGGUGGUUUCCCUUCUGCCUUGCCUUGCAGCUCAGGGUACCUUCGUAUGAACUGGGCGGUGUGGCCAGGCCAGGCCGUUCAGCUGGACAUGCACAUAAACAGCCAUCACCUGUGGGCACAGGCCCCUCUCACUGAAGCUGUGCCAGGGCACAACCUUCUGUCCCCGCCAUUAGUAAUCAGUUCCCAUCGGGCGGGAGAAAGGCCUGCAUUUCCUCGUCCUGCCGCGCGCUCUCAGCCUGUCGUACAGCCGGGUCUGGGGCUGGUUCCCCUCGGAGGUUAGGGUGUUUGCUUCCCGUCAUGGAAUAUCUCUUAGAAACUGCCUCAAGGAGCAGCGUGCUGGUCCUAACCUGAGUGCAAGUGAAAACUGGCUCAGACUGGGCAGCUGAGAACUGCGGGGAAGCAGCUGUGCAAAGAAAGCAGGCUGAGCGUAGCAGGAGCUCCGGCAUCCAUUUUUGUUUGUUUAGCCCCUUUUUCCCAAGAUUCUCUUUUUCUCCUCAGACAUGUGGCAGUGUCGUGGGUACUCCAGAAAGACACGGCAUUCAGCCGCUACAGCACAGUCCCCAGUCUGAUUCGAAACUGCCUCGAAGGAGCCCCAUAUGGAGAAGUUUAUCUGUGCGAGGGUUCUCUCAGAAGAGGGGGGGGGGGGUGCGUGUGCGUGUGCGUGUGUUUAGAUCCACCCUGUGUGUUACUGUCCCGUGUAGAAAGAUGGCACUAAAUCUGUCACUUUCUACAAGAUGGAACCACAUCCCACCACAGAGAAAGCACACUGUAUUCUUUAAAUCACCAAUCUCAGAGGCAGAACUUUGUUUUCAAAUCUUUUUAGAAUCAAUUCAGUCAUUUCUGAAAUAUCAAAAUGCUAGUCUUCCACUGGGAAAUAUCAGUUGUCACUGAAGAGAACAGUAGCAAGUCCACUGGGGCCGGGCCACACAAACCAGAAAGCAUGGCCAGCCGAGCCAGCCCACUCCAUAAGAGGGAGGAGAACGGUAGGAAAAAGUGGCCGCUACCGUCUGGGUCUGGCUGGCCGGCAGAAUGAAGGUUUUGUAAUAUAGCAUGGUGCUACAGAAGUACCGACCUAUGGAAGUACCGACCACAUUUGGAAGAUUUUUAGUUUUUUCCAAGAGGAAGGGCUCACUUUCCUGUUUUUGGUUCUUGGUAGGUUAGUGUCUCAGCUCUCCGUAUAAAUGACUAAAUUUCUUGAUCAGAAAAAAAAAUAGAAGCUUUCUGAGCUCCUAAAAACUUUCAUAAGUGAGCAAAUUACUGAUUUCACUAUGGAAGCAAUAGUCGUCUUGUUCACAAUCUAUAGAAUGUGAGACAGAUGUCAAGCUACCUCCAGGGCCAGGCGUCUCGAGGAAGCCCCUGGCCCUGUGCCCAGCGCCCAGCCUCACAUAGUCCCCGUUUGUGAGCUAGCCCUGGGAG